AUGGCGUCACGCCUCGCGGCCAGGCCGGGGGAGUGGCACGUGACCCCCGCCAGGGCGGAGCGGCCCCGCGAGGAGUCGGAGGAGGAGGGCGAGGGCCGGCGGGUGGAGCGCGGCCGUGGUGACCCCGACAUCGCCAGAUCCCCGCGCGACCCCAAGCGGUAUCGGUAUAUCAAAUUACAAAAUGGCUUGGGUGUACUGUUAAUUUCGGACAUAACUAGCUUGGAUGGUGUUGCUUCUGAGGAGUCUUCAGAAGGGGAAGAUGAAACUGAUACUGAAAGUGAUAAUGAUGAUGACGAUUCAGGAGCAGAAAUUGAAGAUGAUGAAAGUUAUGAUGAUGAGGAUGAUGACAAUGGUGAUGACAACGAUGAGAAGCUCAAUGAUUCUGAUGACACGGAAAUGGAAGAACUAACAGGAAAAGAAGAUACAGAGAAAAAUGGUAUGGAAAAACUGUCUGCAGCUGCUCUUUGUGUUGGUGUGGGCAGUUUCUGUGACCCCGAAGACCUACCUGGGUUGGCACACUUUCUUGAGCACAUGGUAUUUAUGGGCAGUUUAAAGUAUCCAGAUGAGAAUGGGUUUGACGCCUUCGUGAAGGAACAUGGGGGCAGUGACAAUGCUUCUACUGACUGUGAACGGACAGUCUUCCAGUUUGAUAUCCAGCAGAAAUACUUUAAAGAAGCACUUGAUAGGUGGGCACAGUUCUUCAUUCAUCCAUUAAUGGUCUGGGAUGCAAUUGAUCGUGAAGUUGAAGCAGUUGACAGUGAGUAUCAGCUAGCAAAACCCUCUGAUGCAAACAGGAGGGAGCUGCUGCUCGGAAGCCUCGCCAAACCUGGGCAUCCUAUGAGGAAGUUUUUCUGGGGUAAUGCAGAGACCCUAAAGCAUGAUCCUAAAAAUAGGAAUAUUGAUAUCUAUACCAGGCUGAAGGACUUUUGGCAGCUCUAUUACUCUGCACACUAUAUGAAUUUAGUAGUUCAAUCUAAAGAAACCUUGGACACACUGGAGAAGUGGGUGAUGGAAAUCUUUUCACAAAUUCCAAAUAAUGGUUUGCCCAAACCAAGCUUUGGCCAUCUGACACAGCCUUUUGACACACCAGAAUUUCACAAGCUGUAUAGAGUUGUUCCAGUCAGAAAAGUUCAUUCUUUGAACAUUGCGUGGGCACUGCCUCCUCAGCAGAGACAUUACAGGGUGAAGCCCCUUCACUAUAUAUCUUGGCUGGUGGGACAUGAAGGCAAAGGCAGUAUUCUUUCCUUCCUUAGGAAAAAGUUUUGGGCUCUUACAUUACAUGGAGGAAAUAGUGAGACAGGAUUUGAACAGAACUCCACCUACUCUAUAUUCAGCAUUUCUGUUACUUUGACUGAAGAAGGUUAUGAAUAUUUCUAUGAGAUUGCACAUGUUAUAUUUCAGUAUCUGAAAAUGCUUCAGAAAAGAGGGCCAGAUAAAAGAAUUUGGGAAGAGAUUCAGAAGAUUGAAGAUAACGAAUUUCGUUUCCAGGAUCAGACUGAUCCAGCUGAUUUUGUUGAAAGUCUUUGUGAAAAUAUGCAGCACUUUCAUAAGGAGGACUUUUUGAUAGGAAAUAACCUUCUCUUGGACUAUAAACCUGAAAUCAUUGCUGAUGCCCUUAACCAGCUCUGCCCUCUGAAAGCCAACAUUUUUCUGUUGUCUGCUGCCCAUGAGGAAAAAUGCCAUCUAAAGGAGAGGUGGUUUGACACACAGUACAGCGUGGAAGAUAUUGACAAAUACUGGAGUGAUCUAUGGGCUAGUGACUUUGAGUUAAAUCAGGACUUGCACCUUCCAGAAGAAAAUAAAUAUAUAGCCAGUAACUUUACUCUGAAGGCACCUGAUUGCUCUGAGACACGGCAUCCAGUCAGAAUUCUGAAUACACAGCUAGGCUGUUUGUGGUACAAGAAGGACAACAAAUUCAAAAUCCCUAAAGCUUAUGUACGUUUCCAUCUGAUCUCUCCAUUGAUACAACAGUGUUCAAAGAGUGUGGUGCUUUUUGAGAUAUUUGUAAACAUCUUCUCUCAUAACCUUGCUGAACCAGCAUAUGAAGCUGAUGUGGCUCAACUGGAAUACAAGCUGGUAGCUGGAGAGCAUGGUUUGAUCAUUCGAGUGAAAGGAUUUAAUCAUAAACUACCUCUGCUCUUUCAGCUUAUCAUUGACCACUUGGCUGACUUCAGUUUUACUCCAGCAACUUUUGAGAUGAUAACAGAGCAGCUGAAGAAGACUUAUUUUAAUAUUCUCAUAAAACCAGAGAUGCUGGCCAAGGAUGUGCGUCUCUUCAUUUUGGAACACGGACGGUGGUCCAUAAUAGAUAAAUACCAAAGACUGAUGAAAGGCGUUUCUGUUGAGUCUCUAUCAGCUUUCAUUAAGGCUUUCAAAUCACAUCUCUUUGUGGAGGGGCUAGCACAAGGAAACUUAACUGGCAGAAAGUCAAAGGACUUCCUGAAUUACGUUGUUCAAAAGCUGCAGUUUGUUCCACUCGCACACCCAUGCCCUGUCCAGUUCCGGGUGGUGGACCUGCCAAACACGCACCUGCUGUGUAAGGUGAAAACCCUUAACAAAGGUGAUGCCAACUCAGAAGUGACAGUCUACUAUCAGUCUGGGGCUAGGAGUUUAAGAGAAUACACCCUUAUGGAGCUGCUUGUGAUGCACAUGGAGGAACCUUGCUUCAACUUCCUGCGAACCAAGGAAACCCUUGGCUACCAUGUGUACCCAGCCUGUAGAAAUACUUCUGGGAUCCUUGGGUUCUCUGUUACUGUAGCAACACAAGCUACAAAGAACAACACUGAACUAGUUGACAAGAAAAUAGAAGAAUUUCUUGUGUGCUUUGAGGAAAAACUCAAGAUUUUAACCACAGAAGCAUUCAGUGCUCAGGUCAGUGUUCUAAUAAAUAUUAAAGAAUGUGAAGAUUCCUAUCUUGGGGAAGAGGUGGACAGAAACUGGAAUGAAAUAGUGACACAGCAGUAUUUUUUUGACAGACUUGCCCACGAGAUUGAAGCACUAAAAUCAUUUACCAAAGCAGACCUGGUUAACUGGUUCCAAGCUCACAGAGGCCAUGAGAAGAAGGCACUCAGUCUCCAUGUGAGUAUGUUUGGAAUCAGUAAUCCAUUAGAUUAGUGUCCUUCCCACCAU